AUGGAAGCUACUGCCGGCAUGGUUGCUGGGUCCCACAAAAGGAACGAGCUUGUUCGAAUUCGACACGAUUCUUCCGACAGUGGGCCGAAACCUUUGAAGAAUUUGAAUGGACAAAUCUGUCAAAUAUGUAAUGAUAAUGUUGGAUUAACAGCCACUAGUGACGUGUUUGUUGCUUGCAAUGAGUGUGGUUUCCCAGUUUGUCGUCCUUGUUAUGAAUAUGAACGAAAAGAUGGGAACAAAUCUUGUCCUCAGUGCAAGACAAGAUACAAAAGGCACAGAGGGAGUCCUCGAGUUGAGGGAGAUGAUGAAGAGGACGAUGUUGAUGAUAUCGAGAAUGAGUUCAAUUAUGCACAAGGAAAUUCAAAAGCAAGGAGGCAGUGGGAAGAUGAACUCUCUUCGUCUUCUAGACGCGAUUAUCAGCAACCAAUUCCUCUUCUCACCAAUGGCCAAACUAUGUCUGGUGAGAUCCCGUGCGCUACGCCCGAUACUCAAUCUGUACGAACUACUUCUGGUCCUUUGGGCCCAUCUGAGAAAGUUCACUCACUGCCCUAUAUCGAUCCAAGGCAACCAGUUCCGGUGAGAAUUGUGGAUCCAUCAAAGGACUUAAAUUCUUAUGGUUUGGGAAAUGUUGACUGGAAGGAAAGGGUUGAAGGUUGGAAGCUGAAGCACGAGAAAAAUAUGGUACAAAUGACUGGUAGAUACUCUGAGGGAAAAGGAGGAGGAGACAUUGAAGGGACUGGAUCUAAUGGAGAAGAACUUCAAAUGGUUGAUGAUGCUCGACAACCUUUGAGUCGGAUCGUACCUAUUUCUUCAUCUCAGCUUACUCCUUAUCGUGUCGUUAUAGUACUCCGGCUGAUUAUUCUCGGCUUCUUCUUACAAUAUCGUGUAACUCACCCCGUAAAAGAUGCAUACCCACUGUGGUUGACAUCAGUUAUCUGUGAGAUUUGGUUUGCCUUAUCCUGGAUUUUGGAUCAGUUUCCCAAAUGGUCUCCCAUUAAUCGCGAGACUUAUCUUGACAGGCUUGCUAUAAGAUAUGAUCGUGACGGAGAACCAUCACAGUUGGCCCCUGUUGACGUUUUUGUUAGUACAGUGGACCCUCUUAAAGAGCCGCCUCUUGUAACUGCAAAUACUGUUUUGUCUAUACUUGCUGUUGAUUACCCUGUCGACAAGGUUUCCUGCUAUGUAUCAGACGAUGGUUCGGCAAUGUUGACUUUUGAAGCCUUAUCAGAAACGGCCGAGUUUGCAAAGAAGUGGGUGCCCUUUUGCAAAAAGCACAAUAUUGAGCCAAGAGCCCCUGAAUUUUAUUUUGCUCAGAAGAUUGAUUACUUAAAGGACAAGAUUCAACCCUCUUUUGUUAAGGAGCGACGGUCAAUGAAGAGAGCAUAUGAAGAAUUCAAAGUUCAGAUCAAUGCCCAUGUGGCCAAAGCUCAGAAGACGCCAGAGGAAGGUUGGACAAUGGAGGAUGGAACUCCUUGGCCUGGAAAUAAUCCCAGGGAUCAUCCUGGAAUGAUUCAGGUGUUUUUAGGUCAUAGUGGAGGGCUUGAUACAGAUGGAAAUGAGCUGCCUAGGCUUGUUUAUGUUUCUCGUGAAAAGCGACCAGGCUUCCAACAUCACAAGAAGGCUGGAGCUAUGAAUGCUUUGAUUCGAGUUUCUGCUGUCUUGACCAAUGGUGCAUAUAUUUUGAAUGUCGAUUGUGAUCACUAUUUCAAUAAUAGUAAAGCUCUUAAAGAAGCAAUGUGUUUCAUGAUGGAUCCCGCUUAUGGAAAGAAGACAUGCUACGUGCAAUUUCCUCAGAGAUUUGAUGGCAUUGAUUUGCACGAUCGAUACGCCAAUCGCAAUAUUGUUUUCUUCGAUAUCAAUAUGAAAGGUCACGAUGGUAUUCAGGGCCCAGUCUAUGUGGGAACAGGUUGCUGUUUCAAUAGGCAGGCUUUGUAUGGUUAUGAUCCUGUUUUGACUGAGGAAGAUCUUGAACCUAACAUUAUUGUGAAGAGUUGUUGGGGUUCUAGAAAGAAAGGAAGGGGUGGCAAUAAGAAGUACAAUGACAAGAAGAGGGGAGUUAAAAGAACUGAAUCCACCAUUCCCAUAUUUAAUAUGGAGGAUAUAGAGGAGGGUGUUGAAGGUUAUGAUGAUGAAAGGUCACUUCUAAUGUCUCAGAAGAGCUUGGAGAAGCGAUUUGGACAGUCUCCAGUUUUUAUUGCUGCCACCUUCAUGGAGCAGGGUGGCAUUCCACCUUCAACCAAUCCUGCAACUCUUCUUAAGGAAGCAAUCCACGUUAUCAGCUGCGGUUAUGAAGACAAGACAGAAUGGGGAAAAGAGAUUGGAUGGAUCUAUGGUUCUGUGACUGAAGAUAUCUUGACUGGGUUUAAGAUGCAUGCCCGUGGUUGGAUUUCCGUCUAUUGCAUGCCACCUCGUCCAGCAUUUAAGGGUUCUGCACCUAUCAAUCUUUCUGAUCGUCUCAAUCAAGUGCUUCGGUGGGCCUUGGGUUCAAUUGAGAUCUUCCUUAGCAGACAUUGUCCCUUGUGGUAUGGCUACAAUGGGAGGAUGAAGAGUCUCAUGAGGCUGGCGUAUAUCAAUACAAUUGUCUACCCCUUUACCUCACUCCCAUUGAUUGCGUACUGUACGCUUCCCGCAUUUUGUCUCAUCACAAAUAAAUUUAUUAUUCCUGAGAUAAGCAACUUUGCAAGCAUGUGGUUUAUCCUUCUCUUCAUUUCCAUUUUCACUACUUCGAUUCUUGAGCUUAGGUGGAGUGGUGUCGGUAUAGAAGACUGGUGGAGGAAUGAACAGUUUUGGGUUAUCGGUGGAACGUCCGCACAUCUCUUCGCCGUGUUCCAAGGUCUUCUUAAAGUCCUUGCAGGUAUAGACACAAAUUUUACCGUCACAUCAAAGGCGUCAGAUGAAGACGGAGACUUCGCCGAGCUUUACGUGUUCAAAUGGACAUCACUUCUCAUCCCUCCUACAACCGUGCUUAUCGUGAAUUUGAUAGGUAUCGUGGCUGGUGUUUCUUACGCCAUAAACAGCGGUUACCAAUCAUGGGGUCCACUGUUUGGAAAGCUCUUCUUUGCUAUAUGGGUCAUUGCUCAUUUAUACCCUUUCUUGAAGGGUCUUUUGGGGAGACAAAACCGGACUCCAACCAUUGUUAUUGUUUGGUCUAUUCUCCUUGCUUCUAUAUUCUCCUUGUUGUGGGUGAGAAUUGACCCUUUCAUCACUGACACCAGCAAAUCAACUGGUCAAUGUGGUAUCAACUGUUAGUUUUAUGUUUGAAGAUUCAUUGUGUUUGACCAUCCCCUUUUGAUUGGAGGCAUUCAAGAUUGAACUUAGUGUAUAUAAGCAAGAAUUCAGCAUGGAACUCCUAUUUAUUAUGCAUGAAAAUAGGAUGGGGGAUAAAGUACAAAACCUUCAUAGCAUUCUUGUUUCUUUUGUUUAUUUAUUUAUUUAUCUGUUUCCUCAUGGGGGGUCCUUACAAGGAUAGUUAUGUUGAGUUGUAUGUCUACUGUUGUAUUUUUUGAACACGUAAUAUGAAAUUUGUUUAUGACAAUAAUACUAUAGUGAAAGAAAACAAGGUGCAAUGUACCGUGUGGUGGUUUUGAUUACUA